AUGAACUAUUCCACUUUGUCUAUUAUACAAUUAAUUUCAACAGCUGUUGUAAUUGGAAUAGAAGUGUAUGCAAUUAUUUAUUGUUAUAACAUAAUUCAUAGUGCAGAAUCUAUUUAUCCAGAAAAAUAUCCGUUAGUGUAUUUAUACUUCUCAAUGAUUGGAGCUAUCUUUCUUAAUAUUCCAUCUCUUCUUACAGGAAUCUUGCAAAGUAAAAUUGCUUCGAUUUUUGCUAUUAUUUUUGAUAUAAUAGCAAUUGUAUUAUUAUUUAUUGUUUAUAUCAUUGGACAAAUAUUCCAACUAGGAGUUUCUUCAGUAAGUGAACAAGAUAAAAUAACAGAGAUUGAAAAAGAAGCAAAUUGUUGUGGAUGGAAAACUCUAAAAAUUGAAGGAUGUCAAGCUAAAGAUAUAAGCAAAGCAGUGCCUUGUUAUAAAAUUGUAGGUGAGCCAUUUCUUGAGUCAGUUAAUUUUGCUAUUGAAAUAGAUGGAUUUGCAAUGAAAGCAAUAGUCUUAUUAAUUUGUGUAACGCUAGUCUUUAUUAUUUUCCAUCGCAAUCAAUCAAAAGUAAAACAAGCAUAA